AUGGCUCGGAAGAAGAUCAGAGAAUACGACUCCAAGAGGCUGCUCAAACAACACUUGAAACGAGUCGCCGGAAUCGACCUCCAGAUCAACUCAGCUCAGGUGACCGAGUCCACGGACAUCGCUGAGUUGGUGAACACGGAGACAUGGCUGUCGUCGACGAGGCUCGUGGUGAAGCCCGAUAUGUUGUUCGGGAAGCGCGGGAAGAGUGGCCUUGUUGCUCUCAAUUUGGAUAUGGCUCAGGUCGCCGAGUUUGUGAAGCAGCGUCUUGGCAAAGAGGUUGAGAUGGGAGGCUGUAAGGCUCCUAUAACGACGUUUAUAGUGGAGCCAUUUAUGCCUCAUGAUCAAGAAUUUUACCUUUCGAUUGUUUCUGAAAGGCUUGGAUCGACAUUGAGCUUUUCGGAGUGUGGAGGAAUUGAAAUUGAAGAGAACUGGGACAAGGUUAAGACUAUAUUUCUUCCGACCGAGAAGUCUUUGACAAAUGAGGCUUGCGCUCCACUGAUUGCCACUCUUCCAUUGGAGGUCAGAGACAAAAUUGGGGAUUUCAUAAAGGGCGUCUUCACUGUAUUUCAGGAUUUGGAUUUUAGCUUCCUGGAAAUGAACCCGUUUACCUUGGUUAACGGUGAACCUUAUCCAUUGGAUAUGAGGGGGGAGCUAGAUGACACUGCUGCUUUCAAGAACUUCAAUAAAUGGGGUAACGUGGAGUUUCCACUGCCUUUUGGUAGAGUUUUAAGUCCUACAGAAACAUUUAUUCAUUCUUUGGAUGAAAAGACGAGUGCAUCCUUAAAAUUCACCGUGUUGAACCCAAAAGGACGCAUCUGGACCAUGGUAGCUGGAGGUGGUGCAAGUGUUAUAUAUGCUGAUACUGUUGGAGAUUUGGGUUAUGCUUCAGAACUCGGAAAUUAUGCAGAGUAUAGUGGAGCUCCAAAUGAGGAAGAGGUGUUGCAAUAUGCGAGAGUUGUGAUUGAUUGUGCAACUGCUGAUCCAGAUGGUCAGAAAAGAGCUCUUAUUAUUGGAGGUGGUAUAGCUAAUUUCACAGAUGUUGCUGCUACAUUUAAUGGAAUCAUUAGAGCCCUCAGAGAGAAGGAAUCCAAGCUAAAAGCAGCAAGAAUGCAUAUCUUCGUGAGAAGGGGCGGUCCAAAUUAUCAAACUGGUUUGGCAAAGAUGCGUGCGUUGGGAGAGGAACUUGGAGUUCCUCUUGAGGUUUAUGGACCCGAGGCAACAAUGACUGGAAUUUGCAAGCAAGCAAUUGAGUGCAUCAUGGGUGAAGAAUAA